GAGCUCGUGGAGGAGCUGCUCGCCACUCUCUUUUCCAGUCUCAAGCAGUCGGGACUCAUCAACUCCGUGAUUCGUGCUUCGUUGACUGACCCUGAAAUUCGUGACGGAGUCACCCAAAUCGCCACUGACUUGAUCAGUGCCGGGGUGAUUCCGUACCAGGAGGUGUUUGCUGCCUUGAAGCAGUCAGAACUCGCCGUGGAGGUGGUCCGCUUCACACUUACCGAUCAGGCAACUAGAGAAGCCGCCGUGCAGUUGGUGAAAGAACUAGUGCCU